AUGAAGCGGGACAGAGUCGGAAAACUCGGGACCGACCGCCAACCGCCGCCGGAGAUGGAGGGAGUUGGGGCCCGGCUGGGCCGGUCCUCGACCCGGUACGGUCCAUCGUCGACGGUGUUCAACGGGCCAGUUAGGAAGUGGAAGAAGAAAUGGGUCCAAGCAUCGCCCAACACUUCCUCCUCGAAUCACCACCACUCUCAAACUACUUACAGAAAUAACGGCGGUAUUGCUAACGGUAGCAAUGGCUCUGAGAUCCUGCUCUACAAAUGGACCCCGAUGGGCGGCUCUAGCGACAGGAGUUCUACCGGAGAUGACGAUGCCGCCGCCGGCGGUCCCCCGGAGGAGCCACCUCGCCGGAAAUUCAAAUUUGUCCCGAACCUCUCCAAUUGUGUUGGUUUGGUGCCAUUUAGUUUACCAGGAAGCCUAAAGAUGGACUAUUGGGGUGGGGAGAACAAAGACAUGCAAUCCAACAAAAUUGCUGUGCUAGAAGAGCAAAGAGACGAGGUUGUAGAAAAUGAGGCUGCAGAAAAAUCGGAUCAUGAAGCUAAGCCAAGUGAUACUGAUCCAAACACGGUAGGCUUGAUUUCAAAGAAUGAUGGUUUGGAUGAUAAGCCUGACAUUAAUGAUAUGCCCGUUGAAGGAACUCGGGCUACUGAUGAUACUCAACUAGCAAGGCAAGACCUAAACAUAAGCACUUUAGAUUUAAGUUUGGGCUUGAAUCCUCGUGACGGGGAUCGUAAUUCUGAUGCAAAGAAAGAUCAGAGUAGAGACGGAUAG